CUGCUGCAGUCAGAAUUUAAUCCAAACCAUGUCUGCAGUGAGAUAAUCUCAGGUUGACCUGGGCUGCAAGCAGAAACUUCCUGCAGGCGGUUUGGUCUCAGCAGCUGAUCGUAGUUUGGCAGACGUUCAAAAACACUCCAACUGCCAGGAGGUGUGUGUCUGUGUUUGUGUCCUUGUGGGGGUAAAAUCAGGCAGCGCAGCUCGACAUGAAUCGCCUUCUGAAAGUUCCCAUUGUGGCCAGCCGGGCCUUCAGCAGCUCCAGCAGACACCUGAGGAACAAAGUUCCUGAGGCCCAGAAAGUCUUCCAGGAGGACAACGGGCUGCCGGUCCACAUCAAGGGAGGAACUACUGACGUCCUGCUCUACAGGGCCACCAUGGCGCUGACCGUUGCAGGAACCUGUUACUCUCUGUAUUGGCUGCUUGUUGCCUCUAUGCCACAGAAGAAGUCAUAAAGAUGAAGACGGACAGGAUCUGCACCAAGCAUUUCUCCAGCA